AUGCAUAAUAAAUUGCCUUCAACACCAAAACAAUUAGCAGAAUGCUAUGUUGCUGAUACACAUUACAGAGAUGUUGGCAAUGACAUUAAGAAAUUUCGUACAUCAUUCAGUGCUGUUAUUGGUUCAUUCUGUCGAAAUACUCGUGGUGUAAAUCGUCAAAAAGAUCUUUCACAUGCUUCAGCAGCAAAAAACUUAAAUGAUAUAAAACGUUCAUCACUACAAUCUUUAUCCUUAAAUGAUAAAGAAAACAAGAAUGAUAAUAUACAAAAUAAAGAUGAAAUUAAUUUGGGAUAUGUACAACAAAAGAUAAAAAAUAAUAGAGACAAUAAAGAAGAGGACGAUGAUGGGUAUGAAAUAUAA